AUGGCGGCGUUAUUUCAAGGAAUAAAGGGAAUCAUUUAUUAUUUAGACGAUGUUUUGAUAUCUGGUAGAACAGAAGAAGAACACAAUACUAGGUUAGUUAAAGUGUUAGAUAUUAUAUUAGAAAAUGGUUUAAAAGCUAAUAUGAAUAAGAGGAAAAAUAAACGGUUUGAAUGGGGAGAAGCACAGGAGAGAAGUUUCGAAAAAUUGAAAAUAAAGAUGGUAGAGAAACCGAUUUUAAAUUGUUUUAAUGAGAAAUUAGAUAUUAUAUUAACGGUUGAUGCAUCUAAUGAAGGUAUAGGAGGAGUUUUAUUACAGAUGACCGAUGAUGUUGAGAAACCGAUUUUAUUUUUAUCGAGACGGUUUAGUAGCACUGAGAAAAAUUACUCCACGAUUGAGAGAGAGGCUCUGGCUGUGAAAUUCGGGCUAGAGAAGUGCAAAGAAUAUCUGAUUGGAAGAAGGUUUAUUUUAUAUACGGAUCAUAAGCCGUUGGUAGAUUUAUUCAAGAAAGAAAAUAAAGAACUUAUGAUGUCACCAAGACUACAGAGAUGGUUAAUUUUAGGUAAUUUCGAUUUUGAGAUAAGAUUCAGAGCAGGUAAACAAAAUUGUUUACCAGAUAUAUUAUCGAGAUUGUUUAAAAAAGACAGUGCAAACAAGGAUACAGUAAUCAAUAGUUUAGAAUAUAUAGAAGAGGAGGAAAAAUUAAAUAGUAAAGUUAUAAGAGCUUUGAAGAUAGAUAAAAGAGAAGAACCGAUAACCUUCUGGUGGCCAAAUAUGAUAGAUGGUGUAGUCAAAUUUAUUAAUUCUUGUGACACUUGUCAAAGGUGUAAUACAAGAUUUGAUAAAACUACCAAUGAGUUACAAUCAAUUCCUGCUAGAACAAAGGUAUGGUCACAAAUAGGAGUUAACAUGUGUACUUUGACAGAAAGAGAGGAUGGCUAUAAAUAUAUUGCAGUAGCUGUUGAUUACUUCGGCAAAUAUGUUGUAGCCAUGCCUUUAAAGGAUAAAACAGCUAAAUCAAUAUCGAAAUUCCUUUAUUUAUUACUAUUCACAUAUGGCAAGGCAAAAAUUCAAAUUAAUGAUCAAGGACGGGAGUUUGUGAAUGAAGUUAGCACUAAUUAUCACAAACUCAUGGGGACCAUGCAGAGGGUGACAAGUGCUUAUCACCCAGAGUUGGGCAGGUCCUCCAGAAAAAGAAUCUAG